UGAGGCUUCUGAGUGCUGGGCCGAGGCGGUGGGGGGGGCACUGGCGGCCCUUUUAGGAGACAGAGGCGGGAGCUCAGAGUGGAAAGCGGGCGCCGGCCGGGCCGGGCCUCGGCGCCCGCGGUCGACGCGUCACCCUACCCCGCCCGAGCGCGCUGUGGCGGGGCCCGGCCGACCUCUGGCCUCUGGCCUCUGACCUCCGACCUCGCGGGGCGGGGCACCUCCGCGGCCGGGCGCGGUUUCCCGGGGACGCGUUUCCCGCCGCACCGCGGGCCGCCCGGACCGCCCUGGCGGAGGCACCUUCCGGCGGCCUCGGCGCGGAGCCCUGGGCCGGGCGGCGGCCCCGGCGUGGCGGCCUGCGGUCACCGAGGGAGCCCCCGCCGCGCCCUGGCUCCCAGAGGCCCGGCGGCGGUCCGGGAGGAGCCCGGGCCUGGGCACAGUGUGGAGGCGAUGCCAAAGCUGCAGGGCUUCGAGUUCUGGAGCCGCACCCUGGGCGGGGCUCGCCACGUGGUGGCGCCCAUGGUGGACCAGAGUGAGCUGGCCUGGAGGCUGCUGAGCCGCCGACACGGGGCCCAGCUCUGCUACACCCCCAUGCUACACGCCCAGGUCUUCGUCCGCGAUGCCAACUAUCGGAAGGAGAACCUGUACUGCGAAGUGUGCCCCGAGGACCGGCCUCUCAUUGUGCAGUUCUGUGCCAAUGACCCAGAGGUGUUUGUCCAGGCGGCUCUCCUGGCUCAGGAUUACUGUGAUGCCAUCGACCUGAAUUUGGGUUGCCCGCAGAUGAUAGCCAAGCGAGGUCACUACGGUGCCUUCCUGCAGGAGGAGUGGGACCUGCUGCAGAGAAUGAUUCUGCUGGCGCACGAGAAACUCUCUGUCCCUGUCACGUGCAAAAUCCGAGUCUUCCCGGAGAUUGACAAGACCGUGAAGUACGCCCAGAUGCUGGAGAAAGCCGGCUGCCAGUUGCUGACCGUGCAUGGGCGCACCAAGGAGCAGAAGGGGCCCUUGUCGGGCACUGCGUCCUGGGAGCACAUCAAGGCCGUGCGGAAGGCAGUGGCCAUCCCCGUGUUUGCCAACGGGAACAUCCAGAGCCUGCGGGACGUGGAGCGUUGCAUCCAGGACACGGGAGUCCAGGGGGUCAUGAGUGCAGAGGGCAACCUGCACAAUCCCGCCCUGUUUGAGGGCCGCAGCCCUGCCGUGUGGGAGCUGGCCGAGGAGUACCUGGACAUCGUGCAGCGCCACCGCUGCCCGCUGUCCUACGUCCGGGCGCACCUCUUCAAGCUGUGGCACCACACGCUGCAGGUGCAUCAGCAGCUCCGGGAGGAGCUCGCCAAAGUGAAGACCCUGGAAGGUGUUGCGGCUGUGAACCAGGAGCUGAAGCUGCGGUGUCAGGAGGAUAUAUCCAGGCAGGAGGAGGGAGAGAAGCCCUCUGGCGGCUUGCCUUUCUUCCACUGGAUCUGCCAGCCCUACUUACGGCCAGGGCCCAGGGAAGGGAGCAAGGAGAACGGGGGUGCCCGCAGCAAGCGGGCCCUGGAGGAGGAGGAGGAGGGCGGCACAGACGUGCUAUCCAAGAACAAGCAGAAGAAGCAGCUGAGGAACCCCCACAAGACCUUUGAUCCCUCGCUGAAGCCAAAAUACGCAAAGUGUGAUCAGUGUGGAAACCCAAAGGGAAACAGAUGUGUGUUCAAUCUGUGCCGGGGCUGCUGCAAGAAGCGAGCUUUCAGAGAGGCUGCAGACUGCCCAGGUCACGGAUUGCUUUUUAAAACCAAACUGGAGAAGUCUCUGGCCUGGAAGGGGGCCCAGUCCCGGCUGCAGGAGCCUCAGCCAGCAGGAUCUGGAGAGCCAGGCAGCCUUCCCGAGGUUGUGGGCAGUGCCCUGGCCUGAGGGGCCGCUGGAGCCCGACGCGCCGCCCCACUAGGCCCCAGGACUGUUGCUGAGACCUCAACAUGUCCCACUUAAGGAAAUGCCUUUACUCAGGGAAUCUCCCGCCUCUCAACACAGAAGGAUGAGCUGGUCUUCCCCUCGGCCCUAUGCUGGGAGCCCGGAAAUGCUGCACCAGGGAGCAGGCUCCCAGGCUGGACCUGCCCCCUCCUUGCAACGUGUGUGUUCAAAAGUGAACAAUAAACCCUUUCAAAAAUGA